GCAUUUUCAAUUUUUAUUAGUCAUAUGGGUGUCUUCCUAAAAUUCACAUCAGCCGAUUUUUAAGGGAAACGCAAAAGGUGUAAUAAGUGGAUGAAUUAAAGACACUCUCUCUUAAAAUAUGUUCACAGGUCCAGUGUUUGAAAGUGAAUGAAAAAAUAAAAAUGCUUAGUUUUGUCAUAAUCUUAGUUUCCCUCGGUGAAUUUGCCUUGGGUCAGAGCAGGGACGAAUUGUGCACAAAAUGUUCCUGCGACGGUGGCACGCUCAAUUGUUCGUCGCGGGGGUUGAACAACCAUUUUGCCGAAGAGAAUUGGAAAGGGGCGAAUUUCACAGUGGCAAAUUUUGACAGGAAUUCCAUUUUACAUUUGACGAGAUUUCCGCCGGCGAGGAUCGUCAAGCUCGUCUUGAGCCACAAUGGAAUGACCAUCAUCGACGACGCCGCUUUUCGUUUCCUCAAAGAUUUAGAAGAACUCGAUUUGAGUCACAACCACUUGACGACGGAAGUGUUGAAACCGAACGUAUUCCAGGGGGUGUAUUCAACUGAAGCAUACGAGCCACUAAUGAAAUUGAGGAAGCUGUUGCUGAAUGAAAAUGCUCUUCAUAGUUUGCAUAGAGAUUUUUUUGAGCAUCUGCCUGCAAUCGAAGAGCUCAACCUUUCAGGCAAUCCCUUUAUGGUCAUCGAUAAUCCAACAAUAACUGCCAUUUCAUCAAUUUCUUAUUUAAAAUAUUUAGACAUGUCAAGUACGAUGCUGAGUGAUAUUCCUGCAACGAUGAUGCAUACACCUAAAUAUCUGCAGACACUGAACAUUUCGUAUAACAAUUUUUUUCACGUUCCAACAGCCCUCGGAGAAGCUCAUGUUUUGUCAACCCUUAUAAUGGAUGUCAACCCGAUAAAAGAGAUAAACAAAGUCCCCUUUAUACCUUCUCUGAAAGUGUUGCACAUCAACUACAUGCCUCUUCUGACAAGAAUUGAUAAAGGCGGAUUAAGCAAUUUCACCCAUUUGGAGGAGCUUUCUUGCAGUUUCAACAAACAUUUGAAAUUUAUUGAUGAAAAUGCUUUCACCGUUUCUACUGGAGCGACAAAAAUAUGGCCACCAAUGCGAAAGAUUUAUUUAAAUAAUAACAAUCUUCAAUAUUUAGAACAGUACUUGAUUUUACACACCGAGAAGAUAAAAAGUUGGAGUCUACAUACAAAUCCUUGGGUAUGCGACUGUCAAAACCAAUGGAUGGUAAAUUCACUUCUGCCACAGAUCAACAAGACUAACCCAAAUGAAGCAACAAGAUUAUUUUGCAGUAGUCCAAGUGAAAUGGUAGGAAUGAGAUUUUUGGAUUUGCACAGCAGCAAGACGAAUAUGCGUUGCCUCGACGCUUACGGAAAUCAUCCCGAAAAAGAUUCACUUGUACUCGUCGUAAUAAUUUUAAUGGUUAUGAUAAGCAUUCCACUUAUGGUAUUUUCUAUCACUUCGUAUCUUCAAAAAACCAGGAGAAACAUACAAUUCUCAAGGUUCCUCUACCGACGAACUGAAUCACUGGAAAGUUUACCUUAAAAUUCAAAUGAUAAUGAUAUCCAAGAUGUAGAAGUAAUGUUAUUAUUAAUAAAGUAAUAUAUAGUAAGAAAAGUAUUAUUUCUGAAAAGCUUAGCUUAACUUUACAAAUGUAGUUGAAAUGCAUCAAUUAUACCAGUCUGAGCAUUAUUUUUGUUUAUUUUGUACUAUAUGUUUAUUUUUAAAGUAUGUAGUUUGCAAGAGUCCAAAUGGUCAGACUAUUAAAUAGUUAACUAGUUUGUUAUUUUUUAAUAAACUGUUUGCAUUUAUUUUCUUAAUUUAUAAACUUUUCUUUGUAUCGUUG